AUGUUUCUCACAGGUUUAACUGCAGCUAGUUCUGUUUAUGGGGAUUGCAUCCAUAUUAAAGCCACUGAAAAGUUGAUAGAAAGCUUUGACAGGGAAAACAACGUCACCCCUUCACUUGCCAGAGACACAUAUUCUCAUGAUCACACUUACCAAGUAAGAUGAAUGAAUUUUUUGCUUUAGAACUUUAAAAUUUUGGAAGUAUUACUGAGUUAAACAUCAAUCUUACUUUCAUCAACAUUUUUCUGGUUAUUUUUCACUCAUCCUAAUGAUUUUAGUUUAAAUUAAAUAAUGUUAGAGCAUAAUUUGUGUAUUUAAACAGCUAGGCCCCCUUCAGAGUACAGCUAUUUAUGAAUCUUAGUUUAUGAUAUUCUUGGAGAAAUGACAAGUGCAUUAUUUGCUGUUAGUAGCUGUAAACAUCAUAUUUUUCCAUUUGUAUCUGUUAUUUAAGUAAAGACUAUCUGAAAUGAUUGUAGCAUUUCCACAGUCUACUUACUUUUUGUUCUUGCUGUUUUUCUAUCUCAGGAGGAAAAUCAUGACUUAUUGCCUGUGAAUGGGAAUAAUUUUACCAUUUUUGUACAUGGAAAUAAACAGCAUGGAGUUGCCGGCCUCCAAGGUGCACUUAUCACCUGCUUUAUCUGUGAUCACCAGCAUCACAACUGUGAGCAUGUAACAAAAGUAACAGAAUCUGAGGAAACAGUAAAACACAGAAUGCCUCAUUUUCUGGUGAAUUUUUUUUGCUGA